CGUUCACCUCUCGAGGCUCAGGAGCGAGCGGAGAAAGCAAAAGCGCGGAGACGCGGCGUGCACAGUUGUACACUUGGCUGGUGCAGGGGCGGCGGUCGCCUCCGGAGCGCGAGAUUAUUGAGCCAGUUGUCGGCGCGAUGUGCCUCCACGCAGGAAUGCUCGCUCUCCUCGUGCUCGUGACUGCUUUCAGCUCCACAGCCCUCAAACAAAACGAUUCUACAGAUGUACAAGUUCCAGAUGAACCAAAAAGUGCGGAACUUGCCAUGGGAUACAGCCAUGACCCGUGGGGAUCACACCAGAGCAACCACCCUCCGGAGAAGAGUCGGCGGUCCAAGCGGCACGUGGUGCACCUGUACAACAUGGUCUCAUGCGCCACAGGAUGCGAUCCGCUGAGUUACAAGGGCUACGGCUGCUACUGCGGCUUCCUGGGUUCCGGCUUACCAACGGACGGCAUCGACAGGUGCUGCAAAAUACACGACUGGUGCUAUCAGUCGGCCAACUGCCCCAUGUUUCUCGAGUACUUCAUUCCGUAUUACUGGAAGUGUCUCUCAGGUCGCCAGCCCUUAUGUGCGGUCGAGCAUGGGGAGUGGGGCGGAGGAGGUUCGUGCGCGCAGAUGCUGUGCGAGUGCGACCGGCAGCUGUCCCUCUGCCUGAGGCAGUACCCGUGUCCUCGGACGAAAGCACUGUGCCACUCGUCGCCGCUGCGCCUUCUGCAGAAUGUGUUCAUGCUGUGAGCACCCCCGCACCUCCCGUCAGCAUCACCGGACGCCCCGAGUACUUUUUGCUCAGCUCGCCUUCCACCUGCGCCGACAGUCAGUUAGCGUGGAAUCGAUUCACCUCGCCACAAGUGAGUGGUGCCGCCCUUACCUGAGAUUGCAGCCGACGCGUUUGCUGGAUCAGUGUCUGCGUGGCCGGGCCCAGACGGGCGGCUUCUGCCACAGCCUCGCUGCGCUGCUCGGCCGCCAGCGUGGCACGUGCCUGCAUUCUCGCCUCCAGAGACAAUUUCUGGCUCAGUUGCUCAGCUAACUGGUCUGCGUACCUGAACAUAGAGUUAGUGCAGUUGAAAACCUCAUGUGCCAAAGAGGAGUUUGUACAUACCAAGCAGUAUUUUUGUAUAAAAUGUUUUCUAUUUAAAAUACAGAAA